AUGGUCAAAGAGAUGGUGAGACGUAUGUCCCACACGGGACACAAGGACAACGAGCAUGGCGUGCCCACAUACUGGAGCAAAUCCGGGCACACCCUGCAGAAGUACAUCACGGCUUUGGCAACAACCGACUUCCUGUUGUUCGGUUUCGACCAAGGUGUUAUGGCCGGUAUCAUCGACUCCGAUCCGUUUGUUCACGAUUUCCCCCAGGUCGACGGUGACAGCAACUGGCAAGGCUUUGUGACUGCCAUCUACGCUGUUGGCUGCUUCGUCGGUGCCUUCUUCAUCCUGAUGAUGGGCGACAAGCUUGGCCGCCGCAAGUGUAUCUUCAUGGGCGCAUCCGUCAUGAUUGUCGGUGUCAUCAUCCAGAUUGCCUCUGUCCCUCCAAGUCAUGGUGCUACGGCUCAAUUCAUCAUUGGGCGGUUCAUCACUGGCAUAGGGAAUGGCAUCAAUACCUCGACUGUACCGACUUAUCAGGCUGAGUGCUGCCCCGCACACAACCGAGGAAAGCUCAUCUGCAUCGAGGGUGGCAACGUCGCUGUUGGAUCCAUGAUUGCCUACUGGAUCGAUUACGGUUGCACAUAUGGCCCACACGCCUUCGUCUGGCGCUUCCCCAUCGCCUUCCAGUGUGUCUUUGCUAUCAUCAUUCUCGUCAUGAUGCUCCGUCUCCCCGAAUCGCCCCGCUGGCUUCUCUCCCACGGACGAACCGAUGAGGCCCUUACCGUCCUGGCGGCCCUAGCUGACCAGCCGCGCCACCACGACGAUGUCCAGGGCCAGAUGACCUUCAUCGCCGAGGCCAUCAAGGCUACCGGGCAGAUGGGUGGAGUUACCCCCAUUAGGGAGGUUUUCACCAACGGCAAGACGCAGCACUUCCACCGUAUGCUUCUGGGCGCCGGCAGUCAGUUUAUGCAGCAGCUGUCUGGUUGCAACGCUGUCAUCUACUAUUUCCCUAUCCUCUUCAAGGACUCGCUCGAUGUGUCCCCCAAUUUGGCUCUGCUACUUGGCGGUGUGAACAUGAUCGUCUACGCCAUCUUCGCCAUGACCUCGUUCAUGGUCGUUGAGCGUGUAGGGCGACGCAAGCUCUUCUUCAUCGGCACAAUCGGCCAGAUGUUGUCCAUGGUCCUUGUCUUCGCCUGCCUCAUUCCUGGCACCCCGACGGCCGCGACAGGUGCCGGUGUCGGUCUCUUCACGUACAUCGCCUUCUUCGGUGCGACCUGGUUGCCGCUGCCUUGGCUCUACCCGGCUGAGAUCAACCCGCUCAAGACCCGCGCUCGUGCCAACGCCCUCUCCACGACCCAGAACUGGCUGUGGAACUUCUUCAUCGUCAUGAUUACCCCUGUGCUCAUCUCAAAGAUUGGCUGGGGCACCUACCUCUUCUUCGCUGUUCUCAACGCCCUCUUCCUUCCCGUCUUGUACUUCUUCUACCCUGAGACGUCUGGCCGCUCCCUUGAGGAAAUUGACCUUAUCUUCGCCAAGGGCUACGACGAGAAGAUCGGGUUCGUCAAAGCAGCGGAGCAGCUGCCGCACCUCAGCGAGGCCGAGAUUGCCGAAAUGGCUCGCGGAUAUGGCUUCAACUCCUCUGACGAUGAGAGCUCCGGCAACAACAAGCCUCGUCACUCUGAGAAAGAGGGCGACCUCACGGUUGACAACCAGAACGCUAUGAUGGCAUAA